AUGGAACUGCUCGAGGAAUGGCAACUCGAGCCAGUUGCUGCCAUCGACGCUGCAGUCAAGGAUGGUGUUCAUAUCCUCUCUCUAUCUCUUGGUGGAGGACCUGAAGAAUUCGAUGUUGAUGUUGUCGCUAUCGCCACGUUUGCUGCUGUUCGUAAUGGCAUAUUUGUCGCAUUUUCUGCAGGCAAUAGCUGGCCAGAUGAAGGAUCUCUCGUUAACAUUGCUCCGUGGAUCACGACGGUCGGCACUGGAUCAAUCGAUCGCAAGUUCCCUGCGCGUUUCACGCUAGGGAACGGUGAAGUCUACGUUGGACAAUCUUUAUAUCAGCAAUCACCAAACUUUACAGGAUUUUCUCCUCUUGUUUAUGUGCCGCAAUGUUUGAUGUCUGAUACAGAAAUAACACAACUCGUCAAGGAAAAGAUCCUCGUAUGUGAAAAUGCAUUUGUUGAGCUCGGUAUGAAAGUGGCUAAAUCCAGAGGUGUCAGUCUGAUCAGACUCAAUGGCAAUUAUAGCAGCGAAGGAGUUAUCGUUAAAGCAUUCACAUUGCCAGGUUUGACAUUAGGCUACUUUGAAGCACAGAAGUUGAUCAAAUACAUAAACUCAACCUCAAAUCCAAGAGCUUCGCUUCAAUUCUCAUAUCGCUGGUGUCGCUGUCCUCAUAUCGCUGUCCUGUACUCCAGUACUUUGAUGUCCUAUCCUCAUAUCGCUGGUGUCGCUGCGCUUCUCAAAGCAGAACACCCAAAUUGGUCGCCAGCAAUGAUUCGAUCAGCGAUGAUGACCACAGCGUUCCCACUCGACAACAGCUAUUGCCUAAUUUUCCUCGACGAAAACCUAAAGCCUGCGAAUGCACUAGCAAUCGGUGCAGGCCAUGUCGAUCCUGUGAGGGCGAAAAAUCCAAGGCUGGUGUAUAACCUAGGAGUACAGGAUUACAUCAAUUUUCUCUGCACAAUGAAUUACACCGAGACACAAAUUAAGAGUUCAGUCAAUAAGACAUGGGUCACCUGA